AUGAUUAAACCAAGUUUUAUGUACGAAAUUAAAAUUCAUAUGAUUCCUGUAGUUAUAAAAAAUUGUUGUUAUUUCCAAAACGAAUUGCCCAACAACUCAAAAUAUUUCCUCCUUGUUAAGCUCAGUCACAUGUACCGCAGUGGACAAACAAUGCAAUAUUAUUUAACUCCUCAACCUCCACCUCCUCCACCGCCUCCCGUUGUUAAUACAGAAAAUCCGAGUUAUUGCACUUAUGACGGACAGUAUAUGCAAUACUGUGAUUCAAUACAAACAUCCGACGUUCCUGUGCCUCAAGUCGUUAGCAAUCCCGUUUACCUUUCUACCGUAAAGGCACCCGCUGCAUCCAAUCCUAAUCCAGUUUAUCAUCCGACCGCAUCCUCGAAACCAGUUAAAACCGAAGAAAAACCACAUAAAAAGCGUAACAAAAUGACAUAUCGGAGUAAUAAUUCGUCACCGACCGAGGGAACAUGUUUUGUCGAUGAAGGAGGGAGCGGAGAUGCAACUGGGUCCCAUCAAACCGUCCAGGGCGAUUAUUGCCAAAAUUAUUCGGAAACCGAAGACAAUUACAAUUCAAACACCGUUUAUUACGUAGUGCCGAAUUCUGAACCCGUUCAGACGAAUUACGUUCAAUCAAAUUACGUAGUCGACAAUAAUUACGUAUUGGAUCCAUCGCAAUCGCAAAGCGUUUACUACGGUAACCCGCAAAACGUGAGCAUGAAAAUAUCGAAUCAACAACAGGUUUAUCCCAAGAACAAUGCCAUUUACUACCCGGUACCGCAAAACGCGUUCGGAACGGUUAUCGGUCAAAAUCCUCCUUAUCCGACUCCGUCUUACGGUGCGUACGUUCACCAAAACGCGGCCAUGUACCUUAACAAUCCGUUCGGAAACGUUCCCAAUUCAUCAUAUUUUCUCUCGGUAGAUAACAAUUACGGGAGCCAGGGAGAACAAAAAGAUUCCACGUGUUGGAAUCAAAGCAUGGGCACGGAAGAGAGACGAAGUAAAAGCGCCAAAACAAACGUGAAAGUAAAAAACGUAACGCCGUGCAAACAUAAAAGCACGAGCACGAAGGAAGUGACGAAAGACAUGAAAAACUUAAAAUUGUGA